AUGGAGGGUCAUAGAGGAAAUUUUGUGAAUCUUGCGGAUCUCAGCCCGAGCAUCCAGCAGACGGACAAGAGGAGCAGCUGCACGCUGAGCGAGUUCAUCAGUAUCUCCCGGGAGCUGGGGUUCCAUCAGUACUGCGAGGAGGAGGCGAUCAACAAUACGUUCAUUGAGAUCGCACAAGAGUCGGACGGGAGCUUGAAGCUCGUCAACUUCUCACAGUUUGCUGUCGCCCUUGGGAACCUCGCGAGGAAGGCCGGUAUUGACCAGUUUUGUCCGAGGAAGUGGAGGGGUAAGAAGACCCUGCUGGUCGAGGAGCUCUUCCGCACGUCCAGCGGGAAGGGGAAGGGAAGAACGUCCAAGUCCAAGACGUGGAACAUGCCUUGCCAGCAUCCCAACUGCGCCAAGAUGCCGUCCUUUGGCACUGCCGAGUCCAAGGUUCCCUCCUACUGCCGUGAGCACUGCCCCAGGGUUGCAGCUUCUCAGAGCAUGGAAGCUCGUACUAAGAGGAUGGCUCAGGAGGGCUACUACGACACGAGGGGGAAGUUCUGCCGGCAGUUGGGCUGCAAGUCGCAUGCCUCUUUCCGACACGUGGACGGCGUGCAGAAGUUGUUCUGUGCCAAGCAUCGACCGCCGGGAUUUGUCACCGUCAAUAGGCUGUGCGGCCACAUCGAGGGCUGCGACAGGCAAUGCUCGUUCGGGGACCCGGAGGAGAAGAUACCCAGAUUCUGCCACAUUCAUAAGAGGAGCACGGACUGCCUCCUCAAGAAGCGGAGAUGCAGAGGGCAGGCAGGAAGUGUGCACGAGCGAGGGGCAGCUAAGCUGAAGGAGAAGCAUGGAGCGUGGACGGACAUGGCUGCAGCCUCUUCGAACAGAGGGAAGUCGCAAAGCUCUCCUUGGACGGUAGUCAAAGACGUCGGUGACUGGAACAUACUCGGCCCGUGGGCUUUCCUCGGUCCCUUCUCGAUCGGAAAGACGGAGAUCGAUGGAGACCCGGUGGAGGCGCACGGAGGGAUCCGCAACCUCACGAGGCAGAAGAACAAGGUGUUCUUCUCCGAACUGGUGCAGGGGGGCAAGGCGGGCUGGACGAAGCUCAAGACCCAGAACGGGGUCGUGGCUCUGAGCUUCCCGCUGGGGGAGAGGGCCAACGUGGACUUCAACAAGGUGAUCCAGUCGAUCAGCAAGAUGUCGGGACUUGAGUUCCAGGGCUGGCUGGUGUCUGACUUCAUCGUCGAGCACGGCGGUCACUUCUCCCUGCUCUGCACGGGCGCCCACCAUGUCGAGGUAGAUAACCACCGGCUGCUCCAUGGCGACGUGUACUCGACAGGCUGGGCGCGGAGCACGCUGGCUCUGGAGCAGGGCAAGCACACCAUCUUCAUCCGGGUGCGAUCCAAGGCCUCUGCCACCAUCGCGUGCUCGGUGCGGAGGGUGAGCGAGAGGGAGGUGUCGAUCCACAGGCCCUCCUCCUCGGUGCCGGACAUAGUCGGGGGCAGGCUGACCUCCGGCCUGCUCUCCCUCCCUGUGGCGAACCUCGGCUCCUCUUGGAAGAAGAUCCGCGUCAGGGUGUCGAGGUCGGAGGUCCCCCGGCAGGCCCUCAGCAGCUGGGCGAGGGGGAAGAAAUUCCUUCCUGUGGUCACUCAGGAAGCUCCGGGGGAGGAGGGGGUGUGGGUGGCACCGGGGCAGACGCUGAUGAUGCAAGCGAGCUUCAAGCUGGGAGGAGCGCCAGGGUCGGGGGAUCUCGAUCCCUCCUGGGCUGACAGUGCGCCUGGAGACGGGAGCUGCCUGGAUGCCUGGCUGCGUGCCGAGGCAGAUGAGCUUCAGGAUGACGGCAACAUGGUGACGACUGCCGUCUCGGAGGACUUGAAAGUCGGUUUCCGCUGUCGCGUGCCGUCACAGUCAUUCAUCUUCACCUUCCUUGAUCACGAUGGCUCUGUGGCGCAAGCUGCUGCAGUUCGCCCCUGGAACGCGGAGGAGUGCGAGGCGAAGGGAGGAUGCGGAGUUUUGCUCUCCCUCUCUGGCGUCGGUGUACAGGCCAACGACCAGGCGGACUCACACAAGUACAAGAAGGGAGGGAGCGACUUUGUGUUUGGCUUCCAGGACGCCUGGAUCUUGGCUCCUGAGAGAGAUGGAGCUCACAACUGGGAGGGAACAGGAUACAACUGUGCCGUGAAGAGCCUUGCUGCUCUACAACAUCUGGUCUCUCAGCUGGAGAGCAUGCAAGGCUUCUCAGUGGACACGCGUCGAGUUCUGUUUGCGGGUCAUUCGCGAGGAGGACACGGCGCGUGGAUGAUGGGCAUGCAUCACCCUGAUCGGGCUGUUGGAGUUGUCUCUCUGUCCGGGUGGUGGAAGAGGGAAGAAUACGCGGAUGCAAACAUCCUCUUCGACCUGGAGAAGGGGGUGAAGGUAACAUUCAACGAGCUGCCGGGGAAGGCCCACUGGUGGUGGGACACGGAGAAGGAGAGCGAUGGAGGAGCGAUGAACGAUGCUCAGCUGAGAAAGUUCUACUCGAAGCUGAGCCAACCGCUUCCUGCCUUCGGCAAGCGGAUGGAGGCCGUGGUGUACAACCCGAGGUGA